UGAGAUCAGUGUCAUGGCGGUCAGCAUCAUGUCGGCUUGUUGUCGAGCGUCUGUUCUGUCGCUUCACCUCCUUGCCUGCUUCCUUCAGGUCCUCAGCCAAGGAGAAGUGUUUCGUCAGGCUCCACAGGCCCACAGCCUGCUCCUGAGGUCCAGACGGGCCAACCUCUUCCUGUUCGAGGAGAUCCUGCCGGGGAACCUGGAGCGGGAGUGUUACGAGGAACUCUGCAACUUCGAAGAGGCCCGGGAGUACUUCGAAGACACAGAGAAGACGACCGCCUUCUGGACCGUUUACUUAGAUGGGGACCAAUGUGUGCCCAACCCCUGCCUCCACGGAGGGAACUGCACCGACAAAGUGGGAGGGUUCCAGUGCUCCUGCACAGCCCCCCACUUUGGACCAGAGUGUGAACUGGUGCUAGAUCUGGAACAUGGAGGACAACAGCCACCCUCCGCACCACAAGUCACCACGCCAGGUCGGACCACACCCACAGCUAAGUUGGCCCCGCCUCCACGGAGGGGUGUCGUCUAUAAGACCAAAACACAUGAGAUCGCAGAGUGUCCAACCGAGGGUCCGACAGCUUGUCACCAGCUGUGCACAGCAUCCCAGAACUCCUUCUCUUGCUCCUGUAUGCCGGGAUUCAAACUACAGACCGACAAACGGAGCUGUGUGCCUGAAGUGGAGUUCCCCUGUGGAAGACUUCCGGACAAGUUCAACACAACUGUGUCCAUGUGUCGCCACGGAAACUGUCCCUGGCAGGUGUCUCUGUUGAACAGUAGGGGGGUGGAGCUGUGUGGUGCUGUGGUCCUGGGGCGAUUCUCCGUCCUAACUGCUGCCCACUGCCUCCUCCUGGACUCAGGAUCAAACCUUCGACUGUCCAACUUCUAUGUGGUCGCUGGAAACAGCAAGAUGCUCGUCCCUGUCCAGGCUCUGUACAUCCAUGACCGUUUCAGUUCAGAUCACCAUGACAAUGACUUGGCCCUUCUCGAGCUGGCCACCCCCCUGCCCUUUGGCCCCGCCCUCAUCCACCUCUGCCUGCCCAACAAAGACUUCAGUGAAAACAUCCUGAUGCAUUCUGGGAGAGCGGGCAUCACUGGGAGACUGGGGGUCGGGCAAAACCAGGACCUGGUCUACAUGACGCUCGACGAGUGUCGCAGCCAGCUGAACGUCUCGCAUCCGCUCAGCAACAAAAUGUUCUGCAUGAGGAGGCAAAAUGGAGCAACGGGGAGGCAGAAUGGACAUUUAAGGAACCCAAAUGAAGCUCAAGGGAGAUCAAGGGGAUCUUUAGGGAACCGAAAUGAAAUCCAGAGGAAACGACAUGGACCUCUGAGGAACCAUAAUGGAACCCAGAGACCAAACGGACCUUUAGGGGAUCAAAACGGAGCCCAGGGAAGGCUGAACAGACAUGAAGUGAACAGCAACCAGAAUCCAUCCCAAAACACUCAAGGCGGAGUCCAGGGCACGCCAAAUGGAGCAGAGAAUCAAAACAACAGCAGUUCAAAGACUGACAACCAGAAGCCCUCUGUACCUGACGGUGGUUUGAGGUCAGAGGUCAGUGCCAUGCGCUGCAGCGGUCUCUUGCCGGGAUCGCCUGUCGCCACAGUGGAGAAGGGGACGGCGUUUCUGACCGGGCUGCUGAUUUCGUCGUCCACACGCUGCGACGGUGGCGGCGGCAGCAGCAGCCUAGUGUUCACCAAACUUUCCCGCUACUUGAGCUGGAUCAGGCCAAGACUGGAGGUGGCUGAGGAUCGCAUGACCCCCCAAGUCAACCAGUAUCCUGAGGCUCGCUAACAACCCGCCAACUGCUGCCACCUUCAGAACUCUUUAAAAAGAAGCUAACGGGUUUGUCAUCCUCAACCACCAGAGUCUCUUUAACAUGUGAGAGACUCUGUCUGUGAGUCCUGAUUAACCUGCUGACACCUGUGGUUACUGGUGGUAACCGAAGGUGCAGCUUGAUACCACAGGGGGGUAUUUGAACUGUGUAAACACUGUGUAAAAACACUGUGGUGUAAAAUGUAAUCUCUGAAUAAAGGCACUGAAAAGUUCCUAUGUGAGGCUGGUGCU